UUUCUGUCUUUCUUUUUGAGGGAGCAAACGAGACUGGGACAAGGCCAGUUAAGAAACGAGGCGAGCGAUAGUGAUAUCGAGCAAUUUAUUCUGCUCUAAUCCAGAGUGGCCAUGGUGUGGUGAGUUGGGUGACACAAUGAGGGUUGCAAUCCUCCUCAUCCAUCUAUUCUACCCAUGUUUGGGGUUAACCACGCACGAUGACGAUUCCAAGACCUUGGAAAAUGUCACGAGAACCAUUGGGAACCUGCUCAAAGGCUACGAUAUCCGUCUGCGACCCAACUUUGGGGGCGAUCCCUUGUACGUUGGAUUUGAUCUCACAAUUGCCAGUUUCGAUUCGAUAUCGGAAGUUAGCAUGGAUUAUACAAUCACGAUGUAUCUAAAUCAGUACUGGAAGGAUGAACGAUUGUCCUUUUCCCCCGAGGAGAAUCGAAUCCUUACUCUCUCCGGAGAUUUUGCAGAGAAAAUCUGGGUCCCUGAUACGUUUUUUGCCAACGACAAAAACAGUUUUCUACACGAUGUCACCGAGCAAAACAAAAUGGUGCGCUUACACGGGGAUGGGGCCAUCACAUAUGGAAUGCGAUUUACCACCACCUUGGCUUGCAUGAUGGAUCUCCACUACUAUCCCUUGGAUUCUCAAAAUUGCACCGUUGAAAUCGAAAGCUAUGGAUACACGGUGUCUGAUGUGGUCAUGUAUUGGCGAGAUGAGCCAGUGGUGGGCGUGGAAGAUGCUGAACUGCCGCAAUUCACUAUCGUUGGCUGGGAAACCAAUGAAAGAAAAAUCAAACUGGCAACUGGAACGUAUCAAAGGCUCUCGCUUUCCUUUAAGCUGCAGAGGAACAUUGGCUAUUUCGUUUUCCAAACCUAUCUCCCUUCCAUUUUGAUCGUGAUGCUGAGCUGGGUCUCGUUUUGGAUUAACCAUGAAGCAACCAGUGCCAGAGUUGCUCUAGGUAUCACCACUGUGCUCACCAUGACCACGAUCAGCACAGGCGUGCGAUCCUCUCUCCCGCGGAUCUCUUACGUUAAGGCCAUCGACAUCUACUUGGUCAUGUGCUUCGUGUUCGUGUUUGCCGCACUUUUGGAAUAUGCUGCGGUCAAUUACACAUAUUGGGGAGCCCGUGCCAAGAAGAAGAAAAAGGAAAAGAAACAAAAGGAUUCGAACCAAGCCGAGGCCAAGGCCGGCACCGAGGACAUUAUCGAACUGUCGGACAUCCGCUUGUCGCCCAUACCAGGCAUCCGUCAGCGUUUCGUGUCCAAUUCCAACAACGAAGAACAACAGUCUUUCCCGCCGAGUUUCCGUAUGAACCGCAAAUACAAUAUGGGCGCCACCCAAAAGCAGCGACGCCUUCAGAAGAACCGAAUAAUGGCCAACUUCAAGCGCGGCACCAGCGUCGUCAAGUCCGUCAUCCCGCGAAUCAAGGAUGUGAACAUCAUUGACAAAUAUUCCCGCGUCAUCUUCCCCGUCUCAUUUUUGCUUUUCAACCUAGCUUAUUGGUGCUUCUACGUCAUCGAAGUGUAGUGGGCCACCCCUUCAGUUUAUACCAUAAUUAUUCAUAUAUAUAUAUAUAUAUACCAUACAAAUAUGCGUAUAUCACCCUCACACAAAACACAACUUCUAUAACUUAAUCUUAAAACCACUGCAAUCGAGAAUUGUAAGCGAAAUAUAGACAGGUUUAUAUCAA